GCCGUGGCAACAGCAUAACUGUCAAAUUUAUAUAGUUUGCUUAAUAAAUUGCUGAAGCUGCCGGACUGAGUGCAACUGUUGAGAAUCACUUUUGAGCAUGGACGCUGGCAAUGAAAGUUCCCAUGCGCUAAGCGCCGAGUACGACGGCGAGCAAGUUGAUGCGGUGGCCGCCUCUGGGCUGCUGCCCUGCGACAGAACUUGGAUUGAAUACAAUGUGGUGUCGUUUCAAGAGCUGGAAGCGCAAUGCGGCUACAAGUUCGAGGACAUACAGACGCAGCCAGUCGAGCUGGAUACGAAUCCGGGCCGGGGCACCACGCUGCUGGAUCUGGAGAAUGCGGCCAUCUUGGCCAGCAUGGAGGAGCAGCUGCCCAGCAGCGAUGGCUACACCAAUUGUGGCAAUCAUAUGAUCAACUUUAAGACGCCAGGCGGACCCAGACGCACCUACAGACUGCGCGAAAAGGAUGGCGAAUUCUACUAUCACCUGGUGGAGAAACAGGAAGCAGCAGCAGCAACAGCAACGACUGCGACGCCAGCAGAAUUUGUGCAGGUUCAGGCUCAACAAACUGUGGAGCUCUCGAACUUGCAGCCCUAUGAAAUUUACAAUGCGUUCAUCCAAGCGGCAGAUACACGAAAUAAAUGAAGCUUUGAAUACAUUAUAAAUAUUAAAUAAAUUCAUCACAAGGAAUAAU